UUCACUUCUGUUCAGUAAUGCGAUAGUGAGCUCAGUCGAAUGUAGGAUUGAACGGAUCCACACAAAUCUGGUUCAAUUUGGGGAUGGAAAUCAAAAGAGCAUCCCUCUGGCUUGGAGGACUGCUUCAGUUGAUCCUGUUAUUAUACUGUCAACCGACGGCACAGGCUGCCUCAGGUGGAAUUAAUUUGUUUAAAGAUAUGCUUCGCGGGAAGGUAGAUGAAGACGAAUGCCCGGCAAUGUUGAGCGCUGAUGAUAUCGGAGAAACAAAAUUCUUUUUGUGCAGGGCACCAGCAUCUUCUUUCUCGGAUCUGAACCUGAAUGGCUUUUACGAAAAGCGUACCGUCAACAAAUAUAAAAAUAUGAUGAUCAACAAAGACGCGAUAGAAGCACUGGCUGAAGAACCGGAACAAAGCAAGGAAGCUUCUAGAUUCUUGUUCCCACGAGUUGCACCGAAACGAACACCUGGAGCGAUUCUCAGCUGGGCAAUCCCGGCAGCGAAUCGAGUGUAAGUUAAAUUAGAUAUUUAGUUGAAA